AUGGGCAGGCCGUCUCUUAACAAUCGUCCCGAUGGCGACGCCCUGUCCCUGCACACGCAACCCGGGGACCGAUUGCUUGACGAUGAUGCGCCCGAGCUCCAAGUUGACGACUUCCCGCCUCUCUACGAGGAUGUCGCCGAGUCGAGCACCAGCAGUGCCCCGCUCCUAGCGAACCCAUCUGGGCCCCCGAGCAUGGUGAAUGCCCCGAAUAUGGCGAAUGAGUGGAAAAGAGAUGACCAGGGCAACGAAUACUACAUCGACGAGCGGCUCAACACGGAUCCCAAGUUCCUCGAGAAACAUGUCGAGUGGUGGGCUCAGACACCGCCUCGGCCCUAUGUGCGCAUCUUUGGCACGCACAAGCAGAACGUGGACAAUGCGGGCAAGAAGGAGAAGCAGACGGUCACCGACUUCGACGUCCAGGUAGAGCUCACGCCCUACCUCUACUCGGACGCCACCAAUCGCGUCUCGUGGCGGGAGCUGCGAACCAUCGAGAACAGCGAGUUUGCGCGCCGCGGCACCGUCCUGCGCAAGAGGGCGCCUGGCUCAAGCCAGAAUAUCGAGGUCGGCCUGGCCGAGAAGCCGACGCUCGCCGAGUGGACGCACCGCUACUGCGCCAGCUCUGCCGGGCUCAAGUGUCUGGCCCUAGAGCGGCGUGUCGUGGGCUUCGACGCCGAAAAGGUCAAGCAGAAGCUGAACAGCAUGGUACGCGCGACCAACUACCGCGGCUGCGUCCAGAUCACCUUCCCCACCAAAGAUGCUCGCGUCGAAGUCUACAACGACUGCAAGACGAACCGGUGGCGGAUGUCCACCUGGGUCUGGUGGCUGUGUACCCUAACUCUGAUGGUCCUCUUCACGUGGCCGUAUCUCUUCUUUCGCACCAAGCGGUUCGAAGUCGUCGUCGUCGAAUGGCCCUUCUCGAAACCCGGCGAGAACGGCCGCAAGAAGUAUGUCAGCAUCAGCGAGGACCAAUGGUACAACAUGUGGGGAAGGGCUAUCAGCCGCGCUGUUUUGGAAAAGAGACAGUGUACGCUCGAUCAGCAAGACCUAAUCGCGUCGCAGGGCGCAGACCCCGUGUAUGGUGAUGGCAUCGUAGACGAGGCCAUGGGCUUCCUCCGCGCCGGAAUCAACGCUAUGAAUGAGGUGAACCGCCACCUUGGAUGGGGCCAUGAUUCAUAG